UCAUGACCGUCAAGGCAGGAAGCAUGGCGGCAGGCAGGCAGGCAUGGCAGUGGAGCGGUAGCCGAGAACUUACAUGUCGGGACCACGACCAGGAGGGUGACUGGAAUGACAUCGACUCCAUUAAAAAGAAGGACCUUCACCACAGCAGAGACGAGAAGGCACAGGGUGUGGAGACCCUCCCUCCAGGCAAAGUCCGGUGGCCAGACUUCAACCAGGAGGCGUAUGUUGGCGGUACGAUGGUUCGCUCCGGGCAGGACCCCUACGCACGCAACAAGUUCAAUCAGGUGGAGAGUGACAAGCUACACAUGGACAGGAGCAUCCCGGACACCCGGCACGACCAGUGUCAGCGCAAGCAGUGGCGAGUGGACCUGCCAGCCACCAGCGUGGUGAUCACGUUCCACAAUGAAGCCAGGUCGGCCCUGCUGCGGACGGUGGUCAGUGUCCUCAAGAGGAGUCCACCUCACCUCAUCAAGGAGAUAAUCCUGGUGGAUGACUACAGCAAUGACCCUGAGGAUGGGGCUCUCUUGGGGAAGAUCGAGAAGGUGCGGGUCCUCAGAAACGACCGGAGAGAGGGUCUAAUGCGCUCUCGGGUUCGGGGCGCCGACGCUGCCCAGGCCAAGGUCCUGACCUUCCUAGACAGUCACUGCGAGUGUAACGAGCGGUGGCUGGAGCCACUCUUGGAGCGGGUUGCUGAGGACAGGACCCGGGUCGUAUCCCCCAUUAUCGAUGUCAUUAACAUGGACAACUUCCAGUACGUGGGCGCCUCUGCUGACCUCAAGGGUGGUUUUGACUGGAACUUGGUGUUCAAGUGGGAUUACAUGACACCAGAGCAGAGGAGAUCCCGGCAGGGGAACCCAGUUGCCCCUAUAAAAACCCCGAUGAUCGCUGGCGGCCUCUUCGUGAUGGACAAGCUCUAUUUCGAAGAGCUGGGGAAGUACGACAUGAUGAUGGAUGUGUGGGGAGGAGAGAACUUGGAGAUCUCAUUCCGAGUGUGGCAGUGUGGUGGCAGCCUGGAGAUCAUCCCGUGCAGCCGUGUGGGUCACGUGUUCCGGAAGCAGCACCCCUACACAUUCCCUGGUGGCAGUGGCACUGUCUUCGCCCGGAACACGCGCCGGGCAGCUGAGGUCUGGAUGGAUGAGUACAAACAUUUCUACUACGCAGCGGUGCCUUCCGCACGCAACGUGCCCUAUGGGAAUAUUCAGAGCAGGCUGGAGCUCAGGAAAAAGCUGGGCUGCAAGCCCUUCAAGUGGUACCUGGACAACGUCUACCCGGAGCUGAGGGUUCCAGACCACCAGGACAUAGCUUUUGGGGCCUUACAGCAGGGGACCAACUGCCUGGACACCUUGGGACACUUCGCGGAUGGAGUUGUUGGAAUUUAUGAGUGUCACAACGCUGGAGGAAACCAGGAAUGGGCCUUGACAAAGGAGAAGUCUGUGAAGCACAUGGACCUAUGCCUUACUGUGGUGGACCGUUCCCCCGGGUCGCUCAUCAGGCUGCAGGGCUGCCGGGAAAACGACAGCAGACAGAAGUGGGAGCAGAUCGAAGGCAACUCCAAACUGCGACACGUGGGCAGCAACCUGUGCCUGGACAGCCGCACCGCCAAGAGCGGGGGCCUGAGUGUGGAGGUGUGCGGCCCCGCCCUGUCACAGCAGUGGAAGUUCUCACUCAACCUGCAGCAGUAAGAGGCCCCGAGGGCCCCGCCGUCCACCCGCACACCGGCCCAGUGUGGUGAUCACAUAAUUAUGUUUCUGAAACUUUCCGCAAAACUAUAUACCUCAGUGUUCCAUCAUGGUCUGAAAGUCUUACGUCUUCAGUGAGGCAUGAGCUGGGUGACAGCUGUGCCGAAGAGGAAAUGAGCCCCCGGGGCUCGGGACAGAGGGUCCCUCCCAAGGCUGGCACCCUCUGCCUCCCACUGUCUGCCUUCUGCUCACACCCCAGCAGAGGAGCAGCCCAGUGCUGGCCGGAUCCAGUGGACGAGCAGUAAUCGUGUCUAUAGUGAGGACAGAGGGAGCGGGCCUCGCGCCCUCACAGCAAACACCCACCAAUCUCCAGUGUGGUUUUGGUUUUUUGUUUUUUAACCUGUUCAAAAUCAUGUGCGUGAACCAGGCAUGGUGGCCAGUGCCUGUAAUUCCAUCACUCAGGAGGCUGAGGCAGGCAAGACCCUGUCUAAGGAAAAAAAAAAUGAUUUCCACAAAGCUGACCUUUCCUUGUCUGUCCCUGGGCUCGGCUGGUCUCCCAGCCACGUGCCUCUUCCGUCGACAUUCUUGCUGUAUUUGAACGUGAACUUUCCUAUGGCGGGACACUAAAUAGAUGGAUAUAAAGAGAAUCGUGGUCCGUUCCCUACGCUUUCCCUACGUCAUCUUGCGAGCCCCGCAGCGCAGCCAUGCAGAGGGGCCUGCGCUUCCAGAGCAAAGGCGCAUCUCUGCCUCUGGAGCCGCACCAGCUGGCCCAUGCUGCUCUUCCAGUAGGGGCGCCCCCAAACCACGGCCCCACCCACAAGCAUCCAUCUUUAACUUCAGCGAGGGGAUUGCAGCUGGGUUAGAAAGUCUGCUUUGUGCCCAGUGUCACCUGUAAACCUAAAUAGGUCACCUCUUUUGGCAACUAUUGCUUUGGGUUUUCUUUUAAAAUUAGAUUUCUUUUCUUUAGGAAAACUCAACCCCACACCUUCUGACUAAUGUGAGCCAGCAGGACCCUACUGCCUUGUGACAGACCAGGGACACUGGACAGCUGUCACAUGCUAUCCCUAGGCUCAGUGGUUUAAGACCCUGUGUGUCGGGUCUUCAGUACUCAGCUGCCAGCAGCGCAGGGAAGAGCAGCCCUUCAGCCUGUGGGCGGACCCCACCUGUCCACAGCCCUGGUGUGGGUAACACCCUCACACUACUGCAGGAAUUGUGGGGAGAGUUCAGGUCACAAGACCCGUGCGCUCACACAGAGGUCCUAGGCGUGUGUCAGCCACAGAGGUGACCUAGACACGGGAAGUGACACCUGGUGGGCUGUCAGCAUCAUACAUGCUCAUCUCAGGUGUCUCAGAGGGCCCACAGCAGCGUGCUGGGCCUCCCACCUGCUCCAGAAGGGGGCGCAGCUGGGGGCGUGGCUGGGGGCGCGGCUGGUUUCUUCUUGAGCUCCAUGUGUGUACUCACCAUGACCACGGACCUCGGAGAAGGCCUGGCCAGGUGCUGACCCUUUGUCUUUUUACCCCUGCCAAGCAACCAACAAAAGAUACAUUGUAACAGGGUGCCCACAUGCCUAAUUAAGUCCAUCAUGUCCACCUUCCAAAGUAGGCUCUGGGGACUGUCACUCCCAGGUACAGGUGCAGAGCUGUCAAGGCCGAGGCAGGAGUCUGCUGCCAACCCUGACACCUUUGCACUGCUUCUAUCAGAGUGACUCCGCAGAUGUGAGACAACAUGGGCUGUCCCAAACACACGUGCACCCUACCCCACCCUGUGGCCUCAUCACCUUUGUACCAUCUGAUUGUCUGGCCACCAGGGUGCCAACUCAACCCAGCUCCAAGCAGAGGGGGUCUGGGCAAGGCCAUCGGUGAGCCGUGUUUACAUACAUGACGGUGUGCCAAAGUGACUCGCCGAGCUUGUACUGCUUUGUAGUCAUCUGGGCUAUCCCACCCUCCCAGGAGCCCUGGGUGCACACAGGCAAAGGUGGCUGUCUUCUGUGGUGGUCCUUGAGUCUCCGUGAAGUGGAAAAUGAUGGUGUCUGUGAGUACGUUUUGCAAAUUCAAAAUAUAGUUUGGUAAUUUUUUUUCCAAUUGAUUUUUAAGAAAAAAAAAAGAAACUGCUGUACAGAGCUUGUACUUUGUCCAUUUUAUAGAUGGAAACCAUCCUUGAAAUUGUUUAACUUAAAUAAAGAGAAGAUACUUUAUAGAUAA